UGUGCCUCACGUCAGACGCGGGACGGGACAGGCUUGGACGAUAAACCGACGGACGGGCAGUUCAUAUAUUUGUCAGACCAAGGCAGUGAAGAGAAAUGUCUUUUAUAUUUGACUGGAUCUACAGGAGCUUCAGCAGUGUCUUACAACUACUAGGGUUGUACAAGAAGACCGGCAAGCUAGUGUUCCUUGGACUUGACAAUUCUGGAAAAACAACACUCCUGCACAUGCUGAGAGAUGACAGGCUGGGACAGCACGUGCCGACGCUACAUCCAACAUCUGAGGAGUUGACCAUAGCUGGAAUGACCUUUACGACGUUUGACCUCGGGGGUCACGUACAAGCACGAAGGAUCUGGAAGAACUACCUCCCAGCCAUAAAUGGUAUAGUCUACCUGGUGGAUUGCGCUGAUCAUGAGCGACUAGCAGAGGCUAAAAUUGAACUGGAUGCCCUGUUAACAGAUGAAACCAUCUCAAAUGUCCCAGUUCUCAUUCUGGGGAACAAGAUAGACCGCCCAGAGGCCAUCAGUGAGGACGGCCUCAGAGGAAUGUUUGGUCUUCAUGGACUAACAACUGGAAAGGGCAAAGUGUCGCUGAAGGAGCUGAAUUUGAGGCCAAUGGAGGUUUUCAUGUGUAGCGUGCUGAAGAGACAAGGAUAUGGAGAAGGUUUCCGCUGGCUCUCGCAGUAUAUUGACUGAUUCGUGUUCUUUAAGUAACUCAGAUUUACCAUGCUGCCUGUGCACACGAACAUAUGUUCCACACAAAACUACCUGCCUUAGAGAGAUAUUGGAGGUAAUUUACCACAUUUAGGACUCUGUUUGUGCCAGUAGGAAAUGUGUUUUGACUAGUGAUUUGUGUUAAAUACCCCAUGUUUUUCAUGUGUUCAAAGAAACCUUUAUGUCAAUCAUAUCACAGCAAGUCAAAGAUAAAGUUAUGAAUCAUCAGUCUGUAUUAUUCAGACUGAGUGUGGAGAAUAAUCUUCAUGGUGUAGUUUCUACCUUAACGUAAAGCCUGUAGAGAAUUCUGUCUGCCAUAUAGAACAUGUCAGUGCUGUGAACCAGUUUCUGACCCGAGUUUAUUUUUAGCUGCUGGUGUAGACUUACAGUGAAGGUCAAUUUAGUUAACAUUUUGUGCUCGGAGUUACUCUUCCUUGAUUGAGGAAACCCCUUUGUUGGCACAGAUAAAACAUUAUAUCUUUAUUUUGAGAUUUGGUGUCAUAUUUGCUAAUGAGAAAAGUGUUAAUACAGUUGCUUACAACAUCUAAGGAUACUGACAGUUCUGCAGAUUGCAUGUUUGUUUUUUGUUUUUGUUUUUUUUAUCAUUGAAGGUUUUACCACUACAGGCCAAUCAUAUGAAUGUGACCACAAGUGCAUUAGCUGACAUUUUGCUGUGAGUGGCUUUAUUUAAUAUGGCAGAACAUUGUUUAAUAAUUUCAGCAUUAUGUGAACUGCAUAAGCACAGCCAGGUGAUGUAACAAACUGGUCCAGAGUGAGGAUGCCAAACUACCUGUUUUUUUCUUGAUGGUUAAUUGCUGUGAAAUUACUUGAGUACUUUGUGAUUAGUGGCUGCUCACAACAUGCAGUGAUACUAUGAGAGUGCUUGGGUGGUGCUUAAAAAUAGGGUAUGUAAAAGAUAGGCAUGGAAUUACCUCCUAGUGCAAUACUAUACAUUAUUUUGUAUAUAACCUGUUAUUUAUAUUUUGCAAUAAAAUGUGGCUUGCCUUAUGUUACAUAGAGAGCUCUGAAGUAAUGUAUCUGUGACAAAGGUAGGUCAUAUUGUUAUUAAACACGUGUGAAGUUUGAGCAUAAUAAAUGUUUGACAAUCCUUUAAA